AUGGUUCCUCUAUCCCAUUGUCUGUCUCCAUCUACAUGGUCUGAAUUUAUUCCAGUGGUCCUUCAGUUAUUGUACUACAACAUGUUUACCAUUCAGUACAACCUCAAAUGGAUUUCCUUCCCUUCUGCUUCCAAAGGAAGAAAAUGUGGCUUUCGCUUCAUGGAUCUGGAAGAUGACUUACAACUUGGGUCCUUUUCAAGAAUUAUUGGAGGAAGAAUGUCUGUGCCAGGAGGGCAACCAUGGCAGGUCUCCAUCAAACGAGGCCGUUCUCAUUUCUGCGGUGGCAGUUUGAUUGGUGAUGAUGUGGUGGUCACUGCAGCUCAUUGCGUCGUAGAUUUUGAUCUAAAAGUUGUGAAGAACCUGAUUGUGACUGUUGGUGAGUUUGAUCUUGGCAGUGGGGAUGAAGAAGAACAGAGCGUCCCAGUCUCUGAAAUUGUUGUCCAUCCUGACUUCAACAAAUUUGGGUAUAUGGCUUCAGAUAUAGCACUGCUGUAUUUGAAACAUCAGGUACAAUAUGGCUAUGAAGUACAGCCAAUCUGUCUUCCCCACAAGGAAGAUGUAUUUGAAGCUGGAACACUCUGCGUUGUGAGUGGAUGGGGCAAAACUUCUGAGGCUGGGUCCCUGUCAAACGUCCUACAGGAAGUGGAGCUCCCUAUCAUUGACAGCAUAACCUGCAGCAAAUUGCUGAAUACUCUGAAUUUGCCCCCAGGACAGAAGUCCAUGCUAUGUGCUGGUUUUCCAGACGGCAGGAGAGAUGCAUGCAAGGGUGAUUCUGGAGGACCCCUGGCAUGUAGAAAAGCCAGCGGUAUCUGGACGUUGGUAGGCAUCACCUCAUGGGGAAUUGGCUGUGGAAAAGGCUGGGUGACUGACAAGACGAUCAGCGGCAAUAGAGGUUCUCCAGGCAUUUUCUCUAAAGUGAAUGAGCUCCUGGAUUUCAUUACUCAACAUUUGACCACUGAAGCUGGGCCAAGCUUUCUGCUUGCAUCCAGCCUAGAAGAGUGCAAUCCCCAUGGAACGCUGGUGUUCGGUGAAAGUGGCCUUGUUCGAUACCCCCGCCUGGCUGAAGACAACUACCUUGAUAAUAGCUGGUGCAUUUGGAACCUAACUGUAUCUGAAGAUAAAAUCAUUCUGGUGGAAUUUAUCAAACUAGACGUAGAAGAUGAGAUUGAAUGUGACCAUGACUAUGUUGCUUUCUAUUCAAGCGAGAAGGAAUUAAUUGGUAAAAUCUGUGGUGAUGUCUUGCCUUCUCCCUUGCUGAUAGAGUCGGACCAAGCCACUGUUAUAUUUGUGUCUGAUGGCAGUAUUGGGGGCAGAGGCUUUGAAUUCACCUUCAGUGCUGUGCAUCCAGCAUCUGAAGCAGGCUCUGGCUGUGGCAGUGUUGCAAUGCUGGUGGAAGAAGGCAAGAUUGACACGGCUAAUUACCCUGGCUUCUAUCCCAGCAGCACAAAAUGCCACUGGCUCAUUGAAGCCCCAGUGGACCGUGUCAUCAAGUUGGAGUUUGAAGACUUUGCAGUUGAAAUCAGCCAGGAUUGUAUUUACGAUGCUGUUGUUGUUUAUGGAGACACUGAAGAAGAGCACCAGCUAGCUCUCCUGUGUGGUUUUUCAAUUCCUUCACCUGUGUGGAGCCCAGGGAACAUCAUGCUGAUCCACUUUGAGAGUGAUGAAGAAAAUAACUUCAAGGGAUUCAAGGCCAAGUUCACUUUUUCCUCUUCAGCAACAUCUAAAGCUGAAUAUGAAGGUUUGCUUUCUAUAUCUGCUUUUGAACCAAAAGAUAUCCCACUGGAUAUCUGUGGUUUCCCCCCCUUUGGUCCUCAGAGGCUGUCAAUCCGUAUCAUUGGGGGAGAAGAAGCUUGUCCCCACUGCUGGCCCUGGCAUGUGAGUUUGCACUUUCUAGGUGAUUAUAGGUGUGGAGGUGCCAUCAUCAACUCGACUUGGGUGCUCACAGCCGCUCAUUGUGUAAAGAUAACAAAUAAUCCAUCGUAUUGGACUGUUGUUGCUGGAAACCAUGACAGAAUACUGAAAGAAGCUGCUGAGCAGGUGAGAAGAGUCGAGAGCAUUACGGUGCACCCGGCCUUUGAUGUCGCAAGUUAUGAUUCUGAUAUUGCCCUCGUCCAGCUGCAAACGCCUCUGAUCUAUAGUGCAGCGGUGAGGCCUGUAUGCUUGCCAAGUUCCAUGGAGCUGUUGCCAUCCUCUGGGCUUUGUACUGUGACCGGCUGGGCAAGUUUCCAAGAAGUUGGAGGCCUAGCAACCCGUCUUCAGCAAAUGCAUGUCCCACUGGUGGCCAAUGACCUCUGUGAGCAAAACUACUACUUCAAUCACCCUGGAGGGAUCACACCUCAGAUGCUCUGUGCUGGUUUUGCAUCUUUGGAAGGCCACGAUUCCUGCAAGGGGGAUUCAGGUCUGCUGGUUUGCCAAAAUGAAAACAAGCCAUUUAUACUCCAUGGACUUGCUAGCUGGGGUGUGGGCUGUGCCCAGCCUAAGAGACCAGGUGUUUAUUCAAGAGUGAGUUCCUUUUUUGACUGGAUUGUAUCUGUAAUGAAAGAGAAGGGACCAGCAGAGAUGCCAAUCAGUAACAUUGGUCUUGAAACCUUAGUACGGUCAUUGGAGUCACCUAUGAACCUUUUGCAAGCUAUUGAUGGACAAGGAUCUAAGAUAGGAAGUAUCCUCAAAGAAUCCAAUGACUUGAGCCAACAAUUGGCCUCUUGCAGAGAUGUGAUCCUUACAGCCCGGGAAGGAAUAAUCAGGACUCCGGGUUUUCCUAAUGGCUCUUCCAGUGCCACCAGUUGCCACUGGAGGAUUGUUGCCCCAUUAAAUGCCAUCAUUAGACUGGAUUUCCUGGACUUUGUGCUUGAGAAUUCCCUUCCCAAAUGUCAUGGCGGACUUAUACUGCGUGAAGGAUUUGGACCUACAAGAGAGAUGCUUGGUAACUUCUGUAAUGAAACUCCGCAUUAUCCAGUAAAGUCACGCACUUCCAUGAUGAUGCUGAACUUCACUUCUGGCCCAGAUACAAAUCUGAAAGGUUUCACUCUUGUCUACAAAAUCCAAGAAACAGAGUCAAGUCCUGUACAAGAUAGAGACAUUCGAAAAGGAUGUCCAGUCUUGGAUCUGAUCCCAGUCGGGUUUGCAGAAAUAGUUUCUCCAAAUUAUCCAGACCCCUAUCCUAAUUUACUAAACUGCACUUGGAUAAUAUAUUCUGCUUCAGGAAGCAAGCUAAAAACCGUGAUACAAGAUGUUGUUAUUGAGGAUGCUAAAGACUGCAUUUGGGACUCCCUGAGCUUUUAUGAUGGACCAGAUCAACAUUCACAAUUGCUUGGAACACUGUGUGGCCACAAAAGGAACCUUCAACUGUUUUCGAGCAGCAGCUACUUGACAGUGCAUUUCAGAACAGAUGGCUCGGUUGGGGCCAAGGGCUUCAAGAUCAGUUUUGGAGAGACGAAUCAAGGAUCGGUUCCGAGAAGCAAGAAUGGGAUCAUAGAACUCAACAGUCCAUGGAAAUGUGGAAUUCCAGCGGAAGAUCUAUUUUCCAUUGAGGCAAUUCCCACAAACACCUCACUGGAAGGACAGAGCAAAUUAGAACUGUUUAGUGGCAAUCUAGCAUCUCCAGCAUCUUGGCCAUGGCUUGUGAGCCUACAGUUUGAAAACGAACACUUUUGUGUAGGAAUUUUGAUUGAGAAAACUUGGGUUCUGACUGCUGGACAUUGUAAUGUAAGCACUCAAAUGGACAAAGCUGUCGUAGGGAUCACUAACCUGCUUCCUGGCACUCAGAUCUCAGUAAAAGCUGUCUACUUUCAUGCCAACUUCAGCAAUUUGCCACCCAGCAAUGACAUUAGUCUGUUAGAACUGGAGAUCCCCAUUCAGACAGGAGACACCAUAGGACUUAUCUGUCUGCCGGAACAGGAGGAGAAAAUAGCCACUGAUGCCAAGUGCUUGACCGCAGGAUGGAACAUAACAGAGGGUUGGUUUUCCAGAAGGCUGCACCAAACACAAAUAUCACUCCUCGCAAAAGAGGCCUGUACCAGAUACUGGGGUGAAGCCAUUAAAAACACUAAUAUAUGUGGAAGUGCUACGGGGACAACUUCAUGUGCUCAAGACUUGGGGGAACCUCUUAUAUGCAAGAUUGAUGGCCGCUAUAAGCUUGUUGGUCUUGCGAGCUGGGGUAGUGUCCAUUGUGAACCAGAGUCUCCAACAAUCUAUACACAAAUCUCUCUUUACAAAAAUUGGAUUUCAGCAGUGAUUAAUGGAAAAUUAUGAAAAACGAACUUAAAAAAGCACAACUGUAAUACAUGUUGUGCUUCAGAAGGGCACCUUGUCAAGCAUUGCCGAAUCUUCAUGUGUUCUUUCAGAAUCAGUUCUGGAGAAGCUAAAUACCAUCUUGCUAUUGAA